AUGUCUGCCCUCUCUACUCUGCGCACUUACCGCCUUCCGGAUCUGCAUCCGCUGUGCCCAUUCAAGGCCCGCUUCAACCCUCACCAUGAUGAGGCUGCCGCUGCCUCCAAGGAGUGGGUGCUCAGUUUCAAUGCCCUCAAGGGCAAGAAGCUCGAGUUCUUCAAGGAGGGCGGUAGUGAGCUCCUCUGUGCAUGGGCCUAUCCCUAUGCCGGCGUCGACCAGCUCCGCACUUGUUGCGACUUCGUCAACCUUCUCUUCACUAUCGACGAGAUCAGUGAUGACCAGAACGGCAAUGAUGCCCUUGCCACCGGCAUGAGCUUCCUGAACACCUUGAAGGAUGAAAGCUACGACGACGGCUCGGUCCUCUGCAGAAUGACCAAAGAUUUCAAGAAGCUUUUCUUCCCUUUCGCUGGGCCCGCCACCGCCCGCCGCUUCCUCAAGCACUCCGAGGACUAUGUCCUCGGGUUUGCUAGGGAGGCGGAGCUGCGCGAGAAGGACGUCGUCCUUGACCUAGCUUCCUACGACCCGCUGCGCCGCGAGAACAGCGCCGUUCGCUACUGCUUCGGCUUGUUCGGCUACAUCCUCGGCAUGGACCUUCCCGACGAAAUUUUCGAGCAUCCCGUCUACAUGGAGAUGCAUCUCGCCGCAGUCGACAUGGUGUGCUGGGCCAACGAUGUCUACUCCUACGAUAUGGAGCAGUCCAUGGGCCAUCUCACCAACAACAUUCUCACCGUCCUUCGGAGGGAGAAGAAUAUCGAUCUCCAGGCCGCCUCCGACUACGUUGGCGUUCACUUCAAGGAGCUCGCCGACAAGUUUGAAGCCAACAAGCUUCGCCUUCCUUCUUUCGGCAAGGAACUCGACGAGAUUGUCGCCAAUCACAUCAUGGCCAUGGAGUCCUGGGUCGUGGGCAACUUGGAGUGGAGCUUCGGCACCCGUCGCUACUUCGGGAAGAACCAUAUCAAAGUCAGGGAGACUUUGAUUGUGGAACUCUCUCCUGCCCGGGAGUUGGAGGCUUAG